AUGGCUCCGCUGCCGGUACUGGAAUGUCAGCCAAGUUUCACAAUUGCUCAUCCACAAGCUUAAAACAGAAUUUAUCAUGGUGAAACCGGAGAGACAAUGGAUCAUAUCAGCACGAUCAAAGAACACCAUAUGAGCAGCAUUAUCAUUCAGCAUCUCAAAAACACUAGUUAUUUGGCAUUUCUGGAGAAUCUGUCCGCUUGGACUUGAUUACGGUAGAAAUUGUUGAUUAUAACGAUAAAAAGGAUGACAAAUAAACAAGUAUACUCUGCUAUUGUUAAUUGAUCAUCCAUUUGAUCACUACAAACUCCAUUUAGAAGGAGGAGCUGAGCAGUGCAAAAACAGCUGUCAAGACCAAGAAAUUAUGUCAUCUUUUGCAGCAGGAGGAUGGGUUAGAUCAUGAAGAUAGACGGUAAUGGUUCUGGUCUCGCCUGAAUUUCGUCUGCUUGCUCAUGUCGACCAUUCGCUCCUUUUGAACAGUCAAUCUUCUUUUGUUAUUUUCAGGGUAUCCUCUGGUAAUUGGUAUCAUCCGGUCAUGUCCAGCCAUCCUUUCCCUGGGUUUGGCACCACUGCAGUUCAUGGAGGUCAUAAACCGGAGAAAUACGAAAUGCUACAGGUAACCUUGCUUUCUUUACCUUCAUUUUCUUGGUUCUAAAUACCUCUAUUUUGGCGAAAUUCUUCCAUUACUUUCAAUUAGUCGAUUGCAUCACUUCCCCAAUCCAGUGAAAUUUUCCAUAUAUAUACCUAAAUGAGGGCUUACUAAAGCUAAGACUUCAUGUUUUCUAGGUUGUUCCACCCAUCUCUGUCUCCACCACCUACAAACAACAGGCUCCCGGAGAACCGAAGGUCUACGACUAUGGAAGAGCCGGGAAUCCGACCAGAGAUGCGUUGGAGAAGAACUUGGCCGCGCUGGAGGAGGCCAAAUACUGCCGCGUUUUCAGCAGCGGAUUGGCCGCCACUUCCGCGAUUACCAACUUGUUAAAGGCCGGAGAACACAUUGUUUGCGGCGAUGAUGGCUAUGGAGGUUUGUUUAGUGAUCUUCUCACGGCUCUAGUAACGUUCUUACACUUAAUUUUUGCCCAUUAUGGACAGAUACAAUAAAGAUACAAUAAAUUUAUUUUCUACUUGACAUUCCUAGGUACUCAAAGAUUUUUCCGCAAGGUUUCGGUUGCGAAUCACGGACUUUCCAUUGAUUUGGUUGACUUAACAAACGUCGAAGCUCUGCAGACCGCUUUGAAGCCCGAGACCAGGAUGGUUUGGUUCGAAACUCCGUCAAAUCCCCUUCUGAAAGUCGUUGAUAUUCAGCUGAUCACCAAAACUGUUCGUGAAUACAACAGAGACAUCCUAAUCGUGGUUGACAACACGUUUAUGACACCGUAUUUCCAGGUGAGCUUUCCAGUUUUAAGCAGCAAAUUUCUCUAGUCUUUCGAUUGUAAAUACAGUGGGCACGCCACGAAAAACGUAAGGCAAAAUUGGAAAUAGAGAUUUCGAGCUGCGCCCAAUAUUUCUUGAUUUUUUUGAUGGAAUGAAUAUUGUGUUAGAUAGUAUUGUAACUCUGGAAUUUGGAAGAAUUUCGGGAUGUAUAUUAUCUUUAAAAUUACGUUGCUUUGAGUUUCAAGUGUUGAGUAUAAUGGAUGAGUCCAUGGAGCCCGGCACAUCGCGCUCUGACCCCAACAUUGAUUUACCAGGUAUGGAAGUGUCUUCAGAAAAUGUAAGAUUUCUCUUUUUGUGCCCAGUUUAUAGAUUAAUCGCCAUGUGGUGUUGUGUGAGACAUCCUAGCGGACGUUGGAAAGAAGAAAUCGGGAAAUUCUAUAGUCGAAAAAGGGCACUUGUGAGUUCAUUAUUGCAUAAUUUUGCAGGGGCGAUGGAGAAACGCAAGAAAGGACUGGAGAAAUGGCGAGAACAGCGGAACCAGAAGAAGCAAAACUACGAAAAGCUAGCUGAGAACUUCAGGAAGGUCCCGUUGAAUGUAGGGAUGAGUCCACGGAGCCCGGCACAUCGCGCUCUGACCCCAACAUUGAUUUACCAGCUAUAAGUGUCUUCAGAAAAUGUAAGAUUUCUCUUUUUGUGCCCAGUUUAGGGAUGAAUCGCCAUGUGGUGUUGUGUGAGACAUCCUAGCGGACGUUGUAAAGAAGAAAUCGGGAAAUUUUAUAGUCGAAAAAGGGCACUUGUCGGUUCAUUAUUGUAUCAUUUUGCAGGAACUGACGGAGAAACGCAAGAAAGGACUGGAGAAGGCGUGAGCAAAGCUGGAUCACAGGAAGCAGACGACGUUUAGAACAUUUCAAGUUAAGUUUGUGACGUUGCCUUUUUGAUUUUUUGUUUUUAGGCCAUUGAGCCAAUAAUUUUCUCUGGUAAUACCUAAAAUAAUAUAAUUGAUAUUUCAGCCGGUCCAUGUUGAAGUAGAAUGUGAAAGCCAGCAUAAUGUACCAAUGGGUGUGGAGAUUGAAUUCCGAGUUCAGAUUGUAUCCGACAAAUUCGAUGGAUUGUCGAAAACUUAUGUAAUUUUAAUUAUUCUUAUUGGUUUGAUGUUUAGGUGGAAAUAAAGAAGAUUUGAUGAAUUUCAACUUAGUAGUGGUCUGUUGUAGCAGGAUCAAAGCCCUGCUACUCUUGUAAACCUCGGAAGAGCUCGAAUUCGGUCAGAUUCAUCGAUUUUGAUCCAAUUUUGCCUAGUACAAUAUAAUUCCUUUCUCUUCUUCGAUCAAUCUGAGAAGUUCGGGGUGCACCUCCUUGAUGCCUUUCGAUGCUUUCUCGCCGGUUUCACACGUAAAUUGUUGUUUAUUAGAAUUUUGGAAUCAUUUUUGUUAUUUAUUUGUAAAGGUUUCAGCGUAUGAAAUGUCGAAAACAUUUUCCCGCGAAUUUCUCUAUUUCCACUUUUUUCGUGGCGUGCAGUGGGGGACCGGGUCCAGUGGCAAAAAACGUACCGUUUUGUAUCCGGGAAGUAUCAAAAAUAUGGCAAACAAAAGUGAAAAAACUCCGUUUUGAAGGGCGCUUGCUGUUUUUGUGAGGGAAAGGGCGCGUCGUUCAAAGCUAAGUUUUAUUUCAGUUGGAGAGAGAGGCAUUUUGCUACAUUUUUUUGGUACUUCCCGUAUGCAGAAUGGAACGUUUUUUGCCACAGGAUCAUUGCAUGGAAUCAGCCUUUGAAAAACCUUCGUCGGUUUAGCAACCAUUGUAAUAUUUUUAACCGUUUCAAAUGUACAGUAACGGACCUGAUCCAGUGGCAAAAACGUACCAUUUUACAUCCGGGAAGUAUCAAAAAUGUGGCAAAAUACCUCCCUUUCCAAGAGAAAAAACUUCGUUUUGAAGAGCGCGCCAUUUUUCUUCACAAAAAGAGUGGACGCGCUUUUGAAAUUUGGGUUUUUUUCACUCGGAAACUGAGGUAUUUUGCCACAUUUUUUGGGUGCUUCCUGGAUGCAAAAUGGUCCGUUUCUUGCCACUGGAUCAGGUCCCCCACUGUAUAUUUCUUCUCUUUUUAGCGCCCCUUGUCUUUCGGCGUUGACGUUGUGAUCCACUCCUUGAGCAAAUACAUCAAUGGCCACAGCGAUGUCAUCAUGGGAGCGGCGCUCACUAACCGCGAAGACAUCGAGAAGCAUCUCUUCUUCAUGCAGCUCGCUGUUGGCGCUAUUCCCAGUCCUUUUGACUGUUUCUUGGUGAACCGUGGAGUGAAAACCUUACACUUGCGGAUGAAAACUCAUUUUGAGAACGGUUUGGCCAUCGCCCAAUGGCUGGAAAAGGACAGUCGAGUGGAGAAAGUGCUCUAUCCAGAAUUGUCAUCCCAUCCGCAAUACAAGAUUCACAAAUCGCAGGCCCGAGGGAUGAGCGGGAUGUUAUCAUUCUACAUCAAAGGAGGAUUGGAGGAGGCUAAAACAUUCUUGUCCAGUGUCAAGGUGAGACUUUUUUUUGAGCUUUUAGAGCUGUAGAGACGUAUCUUUUUGGUUGGAAUAUUAUAUAAUACUAAAAAAUCUUCUUUAAUUAAAUUACCCUUAGCUCUUUGUCCUGGCCGAAUCCCUCGGUGGCUACGGGAGUUUGGCCGAAUUGCCAGCGGUCAUGACCCAUGCCAGUGUUCCGAAAGAAGAAAGAGACAAGAUCGGCCUCUCCGACAACUUGGUGCGCCUUUCUGUGGGAAUCGAAGACAAGGAAGACCUAAUAAAUGAUCUAGAUCAGGCCCUUAAUGCAGCCCUCAAGAUUUAA